AUGCUAGGCUCGUCGGCACAAGCCGUUGAGAUACCAUCGGCCAUAAGAACACAUAAAAUCCCCGGACCUAGGCAAACACAAGCGAAGUACGGUGGUCGUCAUACCGUAGUCGCACUACCUGGAGACGGUAUUGGACCGGAAAUGAUGCAGCAUAUCCAGGCCAUAUUCAAACAUAGUCAUGCUCCGAUAAACUUCGAAACCGUCCAGGUUAAUUCUGAAUUAGUGGAAGGAGAUAUGGAUAUUGCAAUAAUGGCUAUACAAAGAAAUGGUGUUGCUAUUAAGGGUAAUAUUGAGACAAAGCAUGAUCAUCCCGACUUCAAGUCAAGAAAUGUGGAACUUCGCUCCAGACUCGAUCUGUAUGCGAACAUUCUGCACUGCGUCACUAUUCCAACCAUACCAACAAGGCACAAGGAUAUUGACAUCGUUUUGAUCCGAGAGAACACCGAAGGCGAGUACUCGGGCCUGGAACAUGAGACUCUUCCAGGAAUUGUGGAGAGUAUCAAGAUAGUCACUCAACCAUGCAUCCAGAGAAUCGCACGCAUGGCGCUUGAAUACGCUUCAAUUAACAAGCGAAAGAAGGUCACCGCUGUACAUAAGGCUAAUAUCCAGAAACUUGGCGAUGGGCUCUUCCUACAGGUGGUAAAAGAUAUGGCAAAGGCUGAGUAUCCUCAGAUUGAAUUCGAAGCAAUGAUAGUCGACAACGCCUGCAUGCAACUGGUAUCCAAACCUCAACAAUUUGACGUGAUGGUGAUGCCUAACCUCUACGGAAAUAUCAUCUCAAACAUUGCGUGUGGUUUGGUUGGAGGUCCUGGCUUGGUUUCCGGAAUGAACAUCGGCGAGAAAUAUGCAGUUUUUGAGACGGGAACUCGAAACACUGGGACAUCUUUGGCUGGGAAAGAUCUCGCUAAUCCAACGGCAUUCAUUAGAGCUAGCGUUGAUAUGCUCAGGUAUCUUGGUUGUCACUACCACGCAAACUUGAUCUCGGAUGCCUUAUGGAAAGCGUUAGUGGAUCAGAGAGCACAUACUAGAGACAUUGGAGGCACUCGUAAGACGUCUGAAGUGGUGCACAUGACGUUGGAAAAUAUCAGCAAAAUGAGGCGACAUUGA